AGUAACGUGGUUGUGUUGGCUCAUACCUAAGACUGUGAAUUGCCAUUUUAAUGGCACAUGCUUUUCUCAGCUCACUGAUGGAGGGUUUGCUGGACUGCGAUGACACGUUCAGGGAUGUGCGAGAAGCCAGGAAUGCUGAUUGCCUAACCUGUCAGGCUCUAUGUUCUUUUGCUUCACAAACCUCACAAAACUGGAAGCAGGAAUGUGUCAGCGGGAGGUGUGCACAGUCAGUAGAAAUCUAAACGUAUGAAGAAUUUCUUCUGUGGGCAACCUGUGAAGUGCUGAAGGGACAAACGUUGCCUCUGGUUGGUGGGAUCUGCUGUCUGUCACGCAGCCGAGGAGACGCAGCCGCCCGGCUCCCUGCUAGAGCAGAAGAGCAGAUGUGCUUGGUGUGGAGGGGCUGACUCUCUUCUCAAUGGAAAGAAACGCUGCAGUUAGAUUCUUACUCCUUUAUUUAUAUGUGGGAUUCUCGGCAUCUGUGGAGCAAAUGUUUGCAAUAGUGGAUGGCAGUUCGCAUGCAUUUUCAGAUCAAGAUCUUCUGCAAAGAAAUGGUCGACGUUUUGACGGUGGUGUGAAGCCAAAAUUUAACAUAAACCAACUAGCAAUUACACAGGUCAUCAACUACAACCUGAGCAGGAAAGAACAGUUGGAAAGAGAAGCCAGGAGGCCGCUCACACACAGCCACUACAGCCCUCUCAAUGUCACCGUUAAUGGCAUCCCCUGCAUUCUCUUCUGGGCCAAGAGGAUCAUGAUUAAAUUCAAAAACCACACUCAGCUGGAUUUGACAGAGAAGACGUUUGGUGUCCAUGCAACCGUGGAUGUUGGAGAUUCUAACUGCAGUGAAGACAGCGCAGUGCUUUCUCUGAAGUUUGGUGACAUUGACAAUCUAAAGGGACUUGUUAUGAGAUUCUUAUUAACAACCAGCUAUUACCAGCUGUCUGUUCAGAACUGGUUCAGUUUACACAGACUGCAGCUUGUUUACAACCACUCUGUACAAGCCACGUUCAAUGCAACCAGAAUAUAUGCGCCGUCAAGUUACUCCUACCACUGUGACCGCGUGAGCAGCUUGCAGAGAUAUGAUGCACUCCUGAUACCCAGCUCCCCAAAUGAUGUUUCGAAGCUCUGGGAAGUCACUUUUAUUGAUUUCCAGAUUCAAGGUUUUAACAUUCAAGAAGGACAUUUUGCCUAUGCGAAAGACUGUGCAUCCUUUUUCUCUCCAGCAAUACUUAUGGGUUUGGUUAUGUCACUGAUUCUGCUUCUAGUUCUUGCCUAUGCUCUUCAUAUGUUGAUCCACUUGAAAUCUCUUGACAGGCAUUACGAAUGCAAAGCUUCUCCUGCCUAUUUUGUACAAAUGAAAGACAAUGACAUGGGGGAUGAGAAAGAGCCUCUGAGAAACAGUGGAAAUGAAUCCUAUGAACUUAGAAACCAACAAUUCUGUAAAAUCUAUAUUUAAAAGUAUGCAUCUGUCUCAGUGAAACAAGUGGUAUUUUUUCUGCUGGCACUGUUCUCUUUAGUUUGUGUGGAUUUUUCACCAACUGAUCAAUGGAAAAGUAGGUAACAGACUGGGUAGCCAGUUUCUGGCUGUUAUUUAUGGAUAACCAUCUCAAAGAUGCUUUGGAAAACAAGUACAAGCCAAAAUAAUCCUCAUGGAGUGAGAGAAUUCAUGUGGUGGGAGUUUAUUUCUGUAGUACAAAACCAGAAUGCAUAUC